CGAUCAUUCUAGUGCACGCGCCUGUCUUGACAGGUGAGCGCGCGCAGCUGGUUGAUCGCUCUCGGCGCUUGACAGAUGGACUAGGCUUGACUCGGAUUCAGGUUUGAAAGCAUUUGGGGAAAACAGGAAGAAAUUCAGGUUUUUAUCUGCAAUGAGAGGUGAACAGACUGAAAAUGGACAAAACUCAACGAACUCGCAGAGCGAGAUGCUGAUCAACCAGCUGAGGGAGAUCACUGGCAUCCAGGACCCACAGAUUCUCUACAGAGCCUUGAAUGCCAGUCAGGGUGACAUUGGACAUGCUGUUGGACUGCUGACAACCCAGCCUGCAGAGGUUCAGGAUCUUGGAGAACCACAGGAGUCAGGGACCUCUGGAGAGGCCUGGGAGGGCCAGAAAGGACUUCCAAAAGAUGAACUGCAGACCGCCAUAGAACUCAGCCUGCAGGAGUCCCACAAUGCCCAGGAAGAGGAGAGAGAAUUUAAUAGGGCUCUGGAGGCCAGUGCAGAGGAAAAUGCAGCGAGAAUGAAGAGGAAGAGAUGUGAAGCCCAGAGUGAGAUGUGCAGCCCUGCAGACUGGAUCCGUCAGGACGACUGGCCUGUGGGCAUUCGCAAUGUUGGAAACACCUGCUGGUUCAGCGCUGUCAUCCAGUCACUGUUCCACCUGCCUGUGUUCAGGAGGCUGGUUCUCAACUACCAUCUGUCUGAGCGAGUACUGGAGAAGUGUAAGAGCCAUUCUGACAAGAGGAACAUAGCUUUCAUGCAGGAGCUGCGCUGUCUGUUUUCCCUCAUGGUGGGCUCCACUCGCAGGUUUGUGGAUCCUUCUGCUGCAGUGGAGUUACUGCGAGACGCCUUCAGGACCAGUGAGGCCCAACAGGAUGUCAGUGAGUUUUCCCACAAACUGCUUGACUGGUUAGAGGAUGCAUUUCAGCUGGCUGCCAAAGGAAAUAACGCAGAAGACAAACAACAAAACCCCAUGGUACAGCUUUUCUAUGGUACCUUUGUGACAGAAAGAAGACAUGAGGGUAAGACUUUGUGUAAUAUCGAGCAGUUUGGCCAGUACCCCCUGCAAGUCAACGGCUUCAACAACCUGGAUGAAUGCCUAGAAGGUGCUAUGGUUGAGAAGGAGAUUGAGUCACUACAUUCAGAUCACAGUGUCACAUCUGGCCGUGAGAGAUGGUUCAAAAGGUUACCGCCAGUCUUGACAUUUGAACUGUCUAGAUUUGAAUUCAACACCCAGCUUGGUCGCCCUGAAAAGAUACACAAGAAAUUGGAGUUCCCACAAAUCGUUUAUAUGGACAGAUAUCUUCACAAAAACAUAGAACAGACACAAGAGAGGAGAGGAGAAGUGAAAAAACUGAAGGAGCAACUUGCAGCCCUUCAACAGAAACUUGAGUGCUACAAAAACUAUGGCUCAGGACCUACCAAGUAUCCUCUGGCUGACAUGCUGCAGUUUGUGCUUGAGUUUGCUACCACCAAGCCUUCAAGUAUUUCCCCAGCUGAAGAUCUGAGACCAACUUCAUCUUCACCAACUCCAGCAAGCCACCCCCUCAGUGAACCCAUCUCCAAAGACAACAGUGAACCUGGAGACACAGAUUCAUCGGAGGACCUGGUUUCCAGUGUUUCCAGUUGCCAGCGGACCCCCAUAUACAAGCCCUUCACCCAGUGCAGACACCCAAUUGACUGCUCACCACACCCAGCCCCACACAGCAUCACUGAAGAAGAGCUUCACUUUGUUAAGACCUGCCUACAGCGUUGGAGGACUGAAGUAGAGAAUGACAUAAUUGAGCUAAAGGCCAGCAUUGACAGGCUCACUCAGAUGCUUGAGGCCAUGUACUCAGACAACAGUCUCUGCCAGGUACCCUACAGACUCCAUGCAGUGCUCGUCCAUGAAGGCCAGGCAUCAGCUGGUCAUUACUGGGCCUACAUCUACGACCAUGCCAGCCAGCGCUGGAUGAAGUACAAUGAUAUAAGCAUCACUGAGUCUUCAUGGGAGGAGCUGGAGCGAGACUCAUUUGGCGGCAUGACCAACGCCAGUGCCUACUGCCUGAUGUACAUUGAUGACACGCUACCCCACCUUAUUACAGAUGACACAGAUGAUGAGACAGGCCAGGUGCUGCAUGGCAUGGACUCCUUGCCACCGAUCCUCAGACGCUACGUCCAUGAAGAUAACCGCUGGUUCCAGCAGGAGCUCAGUGAAUGGGAAGAGCAGUUCUGCCAGACUGCAGCCCCACAGGGAGAGUCUACAGCCUCUGCAGAGCCCCCAAACCCCAGUCCAGACAAUAUACACCAAACACAAGUUGAGCCAGCGCCCCAGUCAGGACCAUCCACUGAAGAGCUGGACCAGGGAGCUUCUUCAGAGCCACAACCAGAACUAGAAACAGAGAAGGAUCCGGAGCCUGAUCCCAGAGAGAAGCCUGAAGAAGAAUUAACUCCACCACCACCACCACCACCACAGAGCCCUGGCUGCCAGCCAGACGACACCAGCAGUGCAGCAGUCACUGACACCUUGGGGCCCAGCCAGAGUUCCACCAUGGCUGAGAAGGAGCUUCAGAGUCAGACUCCUGGCCCUGAAGCAGAGCUUAGUAAACAGGCACCAUCUGACCUCCAUGUGGAGAAGGACGACACACAGGUGGCAGGCCUCAGCCCUCAAGGUGAAGGUGAGCCAAAGGCUUCCAAAGAAGCUCCUGAACAUGAUGCAAAGCAGGAGGAUGAGGAGCAGCAGCAGGAGGUCCCAGCUAGACAGCGACAGACUGAGAACGAGGUCUCAGAAGUGGAGAUCCCGAACGUGGGCAGGAUCAUGGUGAGAGCUGAUGCUGAUGGAUACAAUGAAGAGAUGAUGCUGACACCAGCUAUGCAGGGUGUCAUUCUAGCCAUAGCCAAGGCCAGACAAAUUUUCGAUAAGGAAGGCCCUGAGGCUGGCCUCAUCAAGGCCUUCCAUGAGGAGUAUUCACGUUUGUAUGAGCUCUCCCAGGAGGACACCACACCCCAGGAGGAUGCUCGUCUGCAGCAUGCUCUGGUCUACUUCUUCCAGAACAAGGCACCCAAGCGCAUUAUUGAGAGGACACUGCUGGAGCAGUUUACUGACCGCAACCUGAGCUUCGAUGAAAGGGCCAUCAGUAUCAUGAGGGAAGCCCGAUCAAAGCUGCGCCUCAUCAAGCCAGAGGACAUGGAUAUGGAUGAGUACUUGCAGUGGCAUGAUGACUACAGGCUGUUCAGAACGGUGUUUGUCUACCUUCUGACUGGGCUGGAGCACUACCAGCAUGGGAAGAUGCGGGAGGCACUGACCUACCUGGCUCAUGCAUAUGAGACCAACGCCACCCUACUGAAGAACGGAGAGAAACGUGGCAUGGACAAGUCUCUAAUUGCAGUUUACAGGAGGAAAUGCCUCACUGCAUUGAAUGAAAGCGCAUCGCAGCUGUUUUGCAGCGGUGAGGAAACCAGUGUGGAGGAGGGCGUCACUAUCAUGGACGAGGCCGUCAUCCCCUGCCUUCACCUGAUGAGCCGGGAUUCGGCUUUAUCCCAGGAAGACCGGGAUGCAAUGGAGAGCAUCCGCAGCCACUGGUGCUGCUGCCUGGGCCAGGACAUGGAUGACUCAUUGCAGGUGAAGCUGGGUGAGUUUCUGCCCAGGGUUCUGGACGGUUCAGCUGAGACAGUAGUUCUUAAAGACCCACCCAAAGUCCACGUCAAUCAGGCCCACGACCUGUGCAGUCGCCUGGCCGCCGUCAUGGAGUCCAUCCACAACACCAUGAUUGUCAGUGUUAAGUAAAGCCCUGAAGGAAACCCCCAAGAACAUCCGUGAACCGUGCGUCCGACCUGCAAGCAACUUGGCCGAUGGAUCUUUCUGUGCUGACAGACUGGGGGGUUGAGAUAAUGUGUAGUUUUCAACAAGCCAAAUGAUGUAUUUCAUUUUAUCUGCAUUGCACAUGGAUAUCAUUUUGAUGUUUUAACAUAGCAAGCUGUAAGCACUCUUUAGGGGUAGAUAGGGAAUGGGGCAGGGUUGUCAAAACAUGCAUUUAUUACAUCAGUAUUACCACAUCAAGAAAUUUCAACCCAAAAGCCACCGGAAAACUCUCUUAACUGAUCAAAAUACAUGAGCAGCUUUCAUGUAAGCCUUACAACAUCCACCACUACAGCAAACCCCAGUCUGCUGAAAAAAUACUAACAGUAAUUAAAAAUUAUAAUGGCCUUAAAGCAGCAGCAGGUUAUGCAGAAGGUAGCAGCCCAGUAUUUUGUAGCUGUAACCAGCUUCUCAUCUGUGUUGCACUCGCCAGCCGAACAAUUAUUCAUGAAACCAACCUGCUGAACAAACAAGAUGUCAUCAGUAGGAGAACAGGGAAGCUUGAAACUCUGAUUGGCACUCUGAAAAGUUCAGACAUGGACAUGUUUUAUUGGCCGGCACACUUGUUAAAUUUAAAUACUGGCAACAAUUGGACUGUCACUCAACUCUGCAGGAAGUGACUUUUCAUUCGUAGGAUUUGUUGUUGUAUUGCUAAGCAGUGUGAACGCACAAUAAGACCUUUAUACAGGGCUAAAAAAAAAAACCUCUAGAUUUGUACUGCACAGUAACAAAUACUGUUUAUGAGCUUUUUUAAAUAUAUGUUUUAUAUUACUUUGUAUUUUUCCAAUACAGUUUUUAGGACAUUUUACAUGUAGGUGAAGCUAGAAAGAAACAUAUCUAUAAACAAUAUCCACAGUACUAUUAUGCAUAAAAAUAUUAAUGGCAGGGCAUUCUGUACAACUUUUAAAAAGAGCUGCUGCAUGCUCAGAUAUGCAUAUCUCACUAGAUCUGUGCACUGGUCAGUGGCAACUCUUUGUUCAAGUUUUACAGCGCCUAGUUGGACAGCACCUUGCUCAACAGAUGUGCCUUUUAUCAGCUCUUGAAGGGUUCUUUGUAAACCAUGUAAACCCUUUGAAGGGAAAGACAUGGGACAAGAGAUGAUGUCCUUUUUUCUGGUGUCCCAGUAUCAUGAAUGAAUCCUCUGAAUCAGGAUUUUCACGCCAGCAACAUGGAGCUACUCUAACAGCCAUUUGUGGCUGCCGAUUUCACACUGCUUUUUCACUUGUAGUCUGUGAUGAUACUCAAUAAAUAUUUUAAAUACUC